GAGAGAGAGAGAGAAAAAAAGAGAGAGAUGGGGGAGAGAACAGAGAGAGAGAAAGAGUGAGACAGAGAAGAAAAGGUGAUAGACAGAGAGGGCGAGAAAGAGGGAAGGAGAGAGAGAGAGAGAGAGAACCCCCAUCUAAAAGGCAAGUAUCAAGUUUAAAAAGAGGUAGGAUUUUGGUUUCGUGGUAUAGUCCUUUUAAACAUGAUGACGUAAUUUCCAAUAAAUCGAAGGAUCACAGUUACAAAGAAAUACUUCGAUCAUUCUUUAAACUAAAUGCUGCACUAGCUUCACAGUGUCAACUUCGACAUUAAGUUAGACGUCCAUCUCUCACUGAUCAAAAUGGCAAGUCUUCAAGAACUCAUUUGGGAGCUCGAAGAAAAUCUACGACAAAAUCCAAAUGCUGAAAUUGGUGAAAUAUUAACCAGAUCCCAGAUAGAUUUCAAUGAUUGGGUUAGGUACGCCUUUGUGAGAGAGUCAAAAGGGUGCAAUAGAAAUCUGAUCUUCGAUGAACCUGACUUGUUCCGUCUCACAUUGAGUGUAUGGAGACCCAAAACUCAAAAUGACAUGCAUGAUCACGGCCAAUCUAAGUGUUACUUCAAGGUUCUACGUGGCAUAUUAGAAGAAAAUCAUUACCAUGGCGACGGUCAUAUUGCUAAUAUGGAAUACAGACAAGGGGAAGUGUGUUCAAUAGUAGACAUAGGUACCUGUCAUCAAAUGCUAAACAAUAUGGAUGCCUUCUCAGUUUCUCUUCAUGUCUAUAUACCGCCUUUUGAUAGCUGCAACACGUAUGCUGAACCAGGUGGAGCUGCUAUACCCGUAACGCCCUCGUUUAUUUCACGCUACGGGUUUGCGGUGGACCGAGAAAGCAGACGUUUAUUUGAUGUAUAGAACAUUAUAAUCCAAAUAUAAAUUUUGUGCUUUGAAUUUUACUUUCUUAUUAUGUUCUGUAUCUCGUGAAUAUUAUAAACAUUCUGAUUCUGAAAUACAGUUUAUUUCACACACACACAUACACACACACAAAACGGAAAACCAACUCCUAGAUACCCCCUCCCCCCCACUGGUCCACAAAUGAGAUUGGACCAAAAGCGCUCUGAGCAUGCUAUAAGCAUCAAAGUAGCGCUAUAUAAAAGCUAUAAUAAUAAUAAUAAUCUGCUUUGAAUAGUAGUUCUCAAAACUGUGGUCCGUGGACCCCUGAAACGAGCUUAAGGGUCCACAAAAAGAUGAACAUUGUAUAGAAUUAAAAUAACGUCUUUGUUUACAACCAGUCUCUCCGAUCGGAUAACUUGAAUACUAAUCCAUUCGCCCCUCACUACUGUUAAAUAUCUAUUGCGUACUAUUCUACGACGAAUUAAACUCAAGAUUUGAAGUCAUUCUUUACUUGGAUAUUCCCGACUGGGUAAAGAGCCCUGUUGCGCGUGGACAAACCCAGAUCCCAAUCACAGAUGAAACCAUUCUAAUACAGGAGCAGCUUAUAAAAAUAUCCCAAGACAAGUACACCGAUCAGAUGCUCGUCCACCACAAUUUUUACAAUUUUAUAGCCUGUAUUAUGCAUCUUAUUUAGGUAGAGCAUGGGUGCAUAAUCAUUAUAAACCUCAUAUCAAAUUAGAGAAGCCGACUAGAAAUUAGUGCUCGAGAAGAUUUGCGGUUGCUAUUUUCAAACAUUGACCCGUACCAUGGGCGUAGCCCGUUUUAUUUUUCGGGGUAAGGGCGCCCCCGCAAUAUAUAUAUAUAUAUAUAUAUAUAUAUAUAUAUGUAUAUGUAUAUAUAUAUAUGUGUGUGUGUGUGUGUGCUGCGUGUGUGUACAUAAUUAAUCUUUAUUACAUUCUGACCCUUCAUUCUUUCAGAAGACUUUUAAUGUACCCUAGAAUAUGUUCUUCCUGGAGUUGGUAGGAAAUUGUAGAUUCGCCGCCAUUGACAGCAAUGGGGGUUUUGGGGAGCGCUGCGAGCUCCCCCAGCUCGGGGCGGAGCCCCGCCGCCAAGCACUAUUUCUGGUAGAGAAAGCUAACAAAAUGUAUAUUCUGAGGUAUCACAGUGCAUUAUCCUGCUGUAAAAAAUUGUUUUUUUUUUUUUCAAAACCUUAUGUGCUAUUGUUCCUGACUUAGAUCCUUCCGCGUCGUUCGGUGCAUUGGGCGGCAAGCUGCUUCCACAAAAAUCUGUCACUGGCAAUGUCUAAAGCCUCUUCUCACCUGCUCUGAGGACCUCCAUGAAAGUGUGGCGCCAAGUUGUUCAAGGAUGUCCCUGUUUGCGCUUUCCUCUUAAUGACCCACAUGUCAUCGCAACACUUAUUAUGCGUAACUCAUUUUGUCGGAGAACAUGUCCCGCAAACCUCAGGCGACGCCCUUGGCCUUGCUAUGUUCAUAGAAUUUUGAGUGUGAAAUUUGCUUUUUUUUAAUUUGAAAAGGUAUUUUUUAGCUUUAAACCCGAUGAAAAGAGGGGGAGGGGGGGGUAAAAUUAGCACCAAACAUAAAAUAAUAGUUUUAUAAUUACUGUAAUCUUAAUUUAAUAACUAAACACUGUUACACCAUUAGUUUAUCUUCCUUCAUUUUCGGCUUCUUAGCUUACCCUUUAAACACCCCUUUGCACCAUUUCUAAUUCAUACUACAAUAAGUACACAACACAGACGUUUCUUUGAUUCUUGGAAUAUUAUAAACAAAAUGAAAUUUUGCUCUUAGAAGUGUACCUUUUUGUUAUGUUCUAUAUCUUAUAAAUAAUAUAAAUAUUCGAGUUUGUAAUGUAGUUUAUUUAUACUAAAAAAAAUAAACAUUUAUUUCCUUUAGAACGAC